AGGGAACUCAGAAGAUUCAGCUGCAGAGACUCUUUCCUGCUCCUGCCACUCGCUACGCGGCGCCAUAUCCUCGGCCUUAUAGUUGAUUUCUCGAAUCAAGUUUUAGCAGACUUCUCUGUUCCAUCUGUUGUUCUCUGUGAGUGGGUCUGUCUCCGUUCUUCGCCAUUUGGAGUGUUUGAAGGGCACCUCGGCACUGCCGGUCCAAAGGGGCAAUCGCCCCAUUCAUUCAAUUCAAGAAGCCGAUACAAAGUCGCGAGUCUGAGGUGGAGCAUAGGAUAAGAAGCGUAGAAUGGGCAACCACUCUCCGGUCUCAAAUCAUUCUUUGACUUUGCGAUUUACAUAUUAUGGAUAAAUAGGGAUUGAUAGAAAGAUAGACACACUGAAGCGCAAACACAUACAGACAGGAUGGUGAUGAUGCCAUUUCCAGAGUAUUACAGGCAGUCGAAUACGUUGGUGACCAGUGAUCUUAGUUUGCUGGAUGCUUUUCACUUGCUCUUUGCUGCUGUCCUGGAAGCGUCGAAAACCGAUUCCAUAUGCUCUAUCUUCCGAGGCCUCGAAUCGACCCUGCGGAACCUGGAGCCUAUGGUCAAGGACAGAGGCUCGUUGAGCCUUCCAAAGGAAAAGACCAGGGAGCUCGUAGAGCUGAUGAGGAAAGGCGAGGCCCUCGUUGGCAAAUGCUUGAUGAGGAGCCACCGGAUCUGCUGGAACAAGCACCAUUAUGCCAAGAAGUUGCGGAAACUGGAGGAUGACAUUUUAAGGCUCGUUCGGGUUUAUGUGCCUCUACGAAUUUGUCUGGAUAGCAAGGAAUUACUGCUGGAGGUGAAAGAUCUCGGUCUGGAGGUGAGGAAGCUGAACGAUUUUAUGGAAGAAGAGGUUCGGGGCAAUGUUAAGAGAAGUGAAGGGUUUGAGAGCUGCGAAGUUCCUAAAGAACCUAAUUUCAUGGUCGGAUUAGACGACUCAUUUCGUCAGCUUAAAGGACAGCUGCUUAAGGGAGGUGUAUCGAGGCUCGUCCUUUCCGCUCCCAAAGGAUUCGGAAAGACCACCUUGGUCAAGAAGCUGGGUCAUGAUGCAGACAUUGAAGGCAAAUUCAAGAACAUCUUCUUCAUCAACGCGUCAAAAUCACCCGAUUUCAUGGUAAUGGUUCAUAAAAUGAUCCAAUCCCAUCAUAAGGGUGUGGAGGUACCUGAUAUCGAAACUGAAGCUGAUGCUGUCUAUCAGUUGCAACUACUGCUCACACAAAUGGGAGACGGUCCUGUAUUGCUGAUAUUAGACGACGUCCCAUCUCAUUCAAAGUCCCUCCUUGAGAAGUUUGUGUUCAACAAACUCCCUGAUUACAAGAUUUUGGUGACAUCAAGAUUUGAGUUCCCGAGUUUCGGACCUGCACAUCAGUUGAGCCGAUUGAAUCAUGAAGAUGCCCAAAAACUUUUUCUUCACUCAGCAGUCCCUCAAUUCGGGAGCCCUCAGGCUCCGAACGAAGAUCUUACCGAGAAGAUGGUAGAACUCUGUGAUGGAUCACCUCUGGCACUUACAGAAGUCGGGAAGUCUCUCUGUGGGAAGCAUCCCUCGAUAUGGAGAAGCGUACUGCUUGAAUUGUCUGAAGAUCCCUCACUUAUGGAUUCAGGCAGCAAUAUUCUCGACCACCUUGGAAGAAGUAAACUUGGAUGACUUGAUUUUUAUCGGGGCCUUCAGUAUCCAUCUUUUCCUGCAUUCAAGUAUUCCUUAGCCAAAUGGACAAACUGGCUGAAGUAGACGAGCCGCGCCUAAAAAGAUGACUGGGCCUGUCUUUCCACAAUCUCUCAUCUUUCAGGAAAGAACAGAUAUGUGAUUCAUGGCUAGAUGGAAGCUGCUUUUAGAGUCGAUGAUAAUUGAUUAAGUGGACAUUUCAUGUAGUCAUAUUUAUCAUUUAUACUUUGUUUUAGUGAAAAGCGUUCAAUGUACAUAACAAUACGGAGGGAAUUGGAGGGAGAUUGUUAUUCCUCCAAAUCAAUUCAUUCAAAUUGGAAAUCUUUUUACUCGAAUCAA